CUUUACUCCUGUAAAAGGAUUUUGCGAUCUAUAAAGCCGUUUUAAAGAACGAGCUUUGAUUGUAAUUGUCGGUAUCCAGGAUCCCUUUAAGCACCGACGAGAUACUAUUAAAGACCGACAAGGGGAUCCUGCGAUGCAGAGUGAGUUUAAUCGGAGGAUCACGUUAAUCGGAGACUGUGAUACCGGCCCCUAGAGAUGGUGAAUCGCGAUCUCAAAAUUUCUGCGCAUUCCAAAAAUCAUCAAAAAAAAAGUGUUACAACCUUUCCGUGAACGUAUGUAUGUACGUACAUACAUACAUAUACAGUCACGAGACGAUCAACGACAGGUCAGGCGGGCUCGCGGAAUCCACUCGUUCCGCGCCAAAAGUCGUCGUUCUUCCUUCGACCAAUGUCGUCUGACCGAUGAAUGGAAUGGGAGAGAAGAUGGACGCCUUGACGUUGGGCUCGCACAGCUCUUUCCGCUAUUGCGAACAUGGGGAGCUACCGGAUUAUUGCUGGAAUGGGAAGAUACAUUUCCCUACAACCGGGAACUUUCUCCGAUAGGAAGCAAUGGUCCAAGCAGUUUGGCGAGUGGAUACACAGUCCAGGAGGCUAGACACAUCUUGCAGAUAGCAGGCGAUUGCGGCUUGGCGGUUGUCCCAUUGGUACAAACUUUCGGUCAUAUGGAGUUUAUCUUAAAACACGAUGAAUGGAGAUCGCUGCGCGAGGUGGAACCUUUUCCAAGUUCUAUCUGCCCGUCAAAUCCAAGAACUCUUCCUAUGGUGAAGUCGUUGAUACGUCAGAUCGUUAGCUUUCAUCCUGACAUACAGUAUCUGCAUAUAGGCUCUGACGAAGUAUGGCACUUGGGCCUUUGUUCUGUCUGCACUAAGCGAGCAGCAGCCAGCAAAUAUGGCAAAUCAUCGUUGUACCUGGAACAUAUUCUGGCGAUAGCCCAAUACAUUCAGGAAACUUAUCCAUACUUAAAGAUCAUUAUCUGGGAUGACAUGCUGAGAUCGAUAGACUUACAGGUUUUGAACGAACAUUACAUCGGCAAAUACGUAGAACCCAUGGUGUGGCAUUACAAUCCCAGAGACAAUUUUGCAUUACCCGAUGGAUUGUGGGAUAAGUACAGCGCGGUCUUUCCCAAUAUCUGGGCGGCAACCGCGUUCAAAGGAGCUACCGGCUCCACACAACACAUUCCUAUAAUUCGACAUCACAUAAGUAAUCACGAGAAAUGGCUGGAGGAGCUGGGAGUUCACGUGAGUAAGGUGCACGAAUUUCGUGGUACAGCAUUCACCGGCUGGUCAAGGUAUGAUCAUUAUGCCACAAUGUGUGAAUUGUUGCCCACGGCGAUACCCUCGUUAGCUUUAUGCUUGAAAGUUUGGCUCUACGGCUAUUCGGAGCAAACGCACACGCAGGUUGCAAAGAGCUUGGGAUACAUCGAUCACCCGUUGCAUAUAACUCCACAGCUCAGACCAGUCUCAAUUCCCAGUAAUUUGUUCUUUCCUGGAUGGCAAAUAGCCGUGGGCAUGGAGUGGUUUCUCAACUUCAGGAUAAAAUUUCACAAUAUUGUCAGCAGCGAUCAGAUCAUGACGUGGAUGAAUCCGUGGCAGGUGGCGAACAAUUACACAAAUCCCAUGCAACUGGAGAAUUUGGUGCCUGCUUUUACGGAAUUAUUAUUGGAAUUGUCUUCUUUGGAAGGUUAUCUGCGAGUUCAGAUGGAAGCGGUUUUUUUCUCAUCGAUGAUCGAAGAGUGGAUAGGCACCAAUGUUCAGCCAAUGAAAGUAAAGUUGAUAGAGCUGAAACAGACUACCGAGAAUCAGUUGAAAAUAAAUAGUCGCGUGUAAUAGCUCUUUUGCUUGAAAAAUCGGCGAUUGGAUUUCGAACGUAUAAUCUACGAUUUUAAAAAGCAAUGGCCUAGUUUACACCGAUCUCUUGAUACGCGUAUCAUAUAGUAUAUUUGAACUGAUCAGCCAAUAAUCAGACUUAUUUACUAGUUAUUUACUAUUUAAUACGCGUAUCAAGUGAUCGGUGUAAACUAGGCCAUUCACGAUCACUAACGAUUGGAAAAUCGAGUAUUUCUUGGAUGAAAUUAUUUUUGUAUAUAGUAAGUCGCUAUUCAAAGUAGUAGACAAUUUGAUAUUAUACAGGGUGUCUAGUAAUUUUUUACAAUGCCGAAGAAUGAAAGUAGAUUGGCUCAAACUGAAAAGAAGUGUUAUGUACCAUUUUGCGAAAUUCGCAAUAGUUAUUGAGUUAUUAAUUAAACUGUCUAAGCUAAUGUGCGCUUAAAAAGCGAUAGGCUGGACUCGGCAAGCACGUAAAAUGUCGUGAGUCGUUUGCCGCUCGCUGUGUGACUCCAUCUCUUGCUAUAGAUGAUGAUCACCGCUCACCGUUGCUAAGCUGUCUAUCGCUUUUCAUGCGCUCAUUUGCUUAGUUUAAUAACCAAUAGUUAUUAUGAAUAAAAUUUCACAAAAUGGUACAUAACAUUUCUUUUCAGUUUGAGCCAAUCUACUUUCAUUCUUUGGCAUCGUAAAAAAUUGCCGAACACCCUAUAUAUACAUCACUGAAAAAAAUAAAAAGAACAUAGUUUUCUAAAGAAGAGAUGAAUUAUUUUAAUAUUGCGAGAGAACUUUUGUCGAUAUAUACAAGAUGCUCUGUGAUAUCUUGGCUAUGAAAGGGUAACUACGGUUAAAUUAUUAAAUAAUAUUUAAUAAUUAAGGGACAAACUGAUAUUUAACCCCUUAGUUUUACUUUAGAUGCAUGCAAAUAUCAAUUUUUAAUAAGCAAGUGUCUCUUUCCUAGCAUAGACUAACAAGAUAGUGAAAUUAAUAAACUUGAAAUAAGAAAACAAAUACAUGUAACAUGUACUGUGAAAGAUAACACAUCUUUGCUUAUAAAUAUCGUUUAUAGCCUUUUUUAUGUAAAUAAACAUGCAAUAUGUAAUUUAUA